AUGUCGAGUGAAAAUAAGAAUAAGCCCAGUGAACCCAAGACUGAGCCCAAGAACUGUGAUCCCAGAUGUGAACAAAAGUGUGAGUCCAAAUGCCAGCUCAGCUGCCUAAAGCUGCUGCAACGCUGCUCUGACAAGUGCCCACGGGAAAAGUGUCCACCCCCGCCAAACUGCCCCCCUUGCCCCCCGCCUUGUCCCCCAUCAUGCCCCCCACCACCGUGCCAGCCAUGCUCCCCCAAGUCAUGUGCUAAACCCUGUCCUCCCAAGUGUCCCUCUCCCUGCCUACCCCCAGAGUGA